AAAGUGCCGGUGGGCGGCGGUAGUGCUGCCGUGCGGUUUGCUUGCCGGUGCGGCGGCAUCGUGUGGCGCUCUUUGCUUCCCUCUCGCUUUGGCUGCGGCUACGGCGCGGGGGUGGGCGCACGCUGCGUGCUGGGCCUGGCGCUGGUGGGCGGGAUGCCCUGCGGCGCGUCUUUGCUCCGGCCUCCUGCGUGCCGCCGUGCGCGGCUGUCGGGGCCCCGUUGCGGAGGCCCACCGCGGGGUUUGCCCCGCAACGGCGCGCUCUCCGGCUUGCGGCGCUCGUGGGGGUCGCGGUGCCCCGUUUGCGGCCGCCGGUCGCCUUCGCCCGCUCAUGUGCGGCGCAGGUCCCCUCGCAGGUGCGGCGUGCGCCGCGGCAGCGCGUGCCUCGUGCCGCUGA